CCAGAUCCAGACCUCCCAACCAUGUCGUUCAGCACCAGAUCUUACGGCCAGAAGACCAUCAGUGUCUACGGUGGAGCAGGCGGCCGUGGCACCCGCAUCUCCUCAGCCCAGAUGAGCUACGCACCAUCCUCAGGAGGAUUCAACCUGUCUGAUGGCCUGGACAUCCAUGUCGGGGCCAACGAGAAGGCCACCAUGCAGAACCUGAACGACCGUCUGGCCUCCUACCUGGAGAAGGUGCGCACGCUGGAGAAGGAGAACGAACGCCUGGACAAGCAGAUCAGAGAGUGGUACCAGAGCAGAACUGUCAUCUCCCACGACUACACCAGCUAUUUCGCCAUCAUCAGUGACCUGAAGGACAAGAUUUGUACUGCCUCUAGACUCAAUGCCAAGACAAUCCUGGAUAUUGACAACGCAAAACUGGCUGCUGAUGAUUUCAAAAUGAAGCAUGAGAACGAGCUGGCCAUGAGGCUGGCUGUGGAUGCAGACAUCACAGGACUGAAGAGGGUGCUGGAUGAGAUGAACCUGGCCAGAAUGGAUCUGGAGAGUCAGUAUGAGGCCCUGAAGGACGAGUUCAUCACGCUCAAGAAGAACCACGAAGAGGAAAUGGGUCUGCUGAGGAGUCAGAUGGGCGGCCAGGUCAACGUGUCUGUGGAUGCUUCUCCCUCUGUAGACCUGAACCUGGUUAUGUCAGAGAUCAGGGAACACUACGAGGGCGUAAUAGGCAAGAACCGCAAGGAGCUUGAGGCGUGGUACCAGAACAAGAUUGCAGCAGUGGAGCAGGAAGUGAUCACCCACACAGAGAUUCUGACAACAUCCCGCACAGAGAUUAAGGACCUGAAGAGCACUUUCCAAAGGCUUCAGAUCGAACUGCAGUCCCAUUUGAGCAUGAAAGCGUCUUUGGAGGGCAACCUGGCAGAGACUCGGGAGCGCUACGCUGCACAGCUAGCAAGCCUCCAGAACAUGGUCACAAGCCUGGAGGCUCAGCUAUCCCAGCUCCACAGCAACAUCGCCAGCAACAAGCAGGAGUAUGACAUGCUGCUGGACCUCAAGACCCGGCUGGAGCUGGAGAUCGCAGAGUACAGGAGGUUGCUGGAUGGGGAGGAUGAGAGUACCAAAAAAGUGGUCAAAAAGGUAAUCACAGUGGUGGAGACAGUUGUGGAUGGAAAGGUGGUCGGGAGCAGCCAGACCGUUGGUGUGGACGUGAAGGAGAUUCAUUGAUAGACUGAAGCAUUAGUGAAAAUCAAUAAAGAUCAUGCAGUUGAAUUAAA